AUGGAGCCUGUUUAUAAGCGGUUGAACGCAGAAAUAGAAAAAGCACAAGGUAUUCAAAAAGAAAUACAGAAGAUUUUCCAGCUUCAUCGUCAGUUAUCUGCCCAGCUUUCUGAGAAUGAAAACGUUAUUGAAGACUUUGGGUUACUAAAUGAAUCCAAUGCUAUAUACAAACUUGUUGGUCCAGUUUUAGUCAAACAGGAUUUAUCUGAAGCUAAAGAAACAGUCAAUAAAAGGAUAAGCUACAUAACAUCUGAAAUAAAACGUCAUGAUGAUAGGAUAAAAGAACUGGAAAAACAGCAGGAGAAUUGCCGGGAACAGAUAAGCAAAUUACAACAAAAACUUCAACAAGAACACACGAAAGCAGCACUAAAGGCUUAA